CUUCCUCGAAGAAGUUAGGAAGAUGUUUGGACGUUAGAAUUGCAAUAAUCGCAAAGAAGCUACACAGACAUACACAACGCUUGAAAAAAAAUAUCAGGAGAUGCUGACUUUGAAUGAGGCAAUGUCUACACGCAUGACUGUGGUACCAUCGACUGAAUACUUACAUACGGUUAACAAUGGAGGGAGGUAUUACACCGUCUGCCUGUUAGAGAGAAAAUGCGUUUGUGGGAGGUUCCAAAUUGAUGAAUUACCAUGCCCACAUGCUUGGGCUGUACUGAAGAGCAAGUUUCUAAUGCCAGAAGAUUAUUGCUCUAAUUAUUACAAACCAAAUUCAGUUGUGAUGACAUACGAUGUGCCUGUGUACCCGCUACCGGACAGAAAUGACUGGAAUAUACCAGCACAUGUCGCAGAGGAUGUUGUAUUACCACCCAAAUGGAAAAGACCUCCUGGAAGGCCAAAGAAGAAGGGCGAUAAACCUCUCAGUGAAUUGCUGCAGCCGAAAAAUCAACAUUCAUGUAGCAUUUGUGGGCAGGGAGGACAUAAUAAGCGAACGUGUUGAAAUGCUCCACGUAUGAUUUAGUUAACACUCUGACAUGUAUUAGUGCUCCAAUGACAUUGUGAAGUAAUAAAUUUUGAA